AUGAUAGGUAGUGAUAAUAAUGACGAAUAUGUGUUAAAAAUAUGUAAAGAAAAUGCAAAUAAAGAUAUAUUAGAUAAAAGCAAUGCAAAUUCAUGUACUUGCCAAAAUAAUGAAGUUAUAGAAAACUUUUUAGAAAAAGAAAAGCUUAAUUACAAGAAUUUAUUUUAUCAUAACAACAAUUCGUCAUAUCAGUCUUUUAACGAUAAAAAUUUUAAUCAAGAGAAGUUUAAAAUAUGUUUCAAAAGAGUUAAACAGGAUAAGAAAUACUCAGAUAAUGAAUUCAUUGAAAAGCCAAAAAAUCGCAUAAUUAAUAAAAAUGGAAGAAAUGCAAAAGAAAAUAUUCAUUUCAAAAAAAAAGAAAAUGAAGAUAAAAAAAAACUAGAAGAAAUAAAAGAAAAAAAAAAAGAUAUAAAGGAGGAAGAAGAAGAGAAAAAGGAAGAAAAAAAAAAAGUAAAAAAGGAAGAAGAAGAGGAAAAGGAAGAACAAAAAAAAGAUUUAAAAAAGGAGGAAGAAGUAGUAAAAAUAACAGAGUGUAAUAAAUUUGAAAAAAACGAACAAAUGAAUAUAAAUGAAAUGAAAGAAAAUAAACAAAUUCAAGGUAAACAAGAAUAUAAUAAUGAACAAAUUAAAAAUAAAUUCAGUGUUUUUCAUAUAGGAAUAAAUAAAAUUGAAGCAAUUAAAGCUUUAUAUAGAGACUGCAAGAACAAUUUUAAUAAAAGUUUUAAAGAGAAAAUAAAUAAAUUAAAUUCAUUAAUAUAUUUCUGUAAUGAUAAUAACUUUGAAAAUCAUUUUUCUGUUGAUUAUAUUAAUGAUACAGAUAAGAUAAAUUCAAUAAAAAAAGAAAGAUUAUCAAGAUUAUUUUUAUACAUUGAAGAUAUAAAUAAAUUAAAACAGGCAUUUAAAGUUAAGCAACAUAAUAAUUUGGAAAUAGAAGACAAUGAAAAAAAAGAAUAUUUUUAUGAUGCAAAUGAAGAUAUUGAAGAUUUUUUUAUUUUCGAUGAUUCAUUUUCUUGCUUAAAUAAUGAAGUAGAAAGCAUUUUUACAGAAAGUGAAAACACAGCAUUUUUAAAAGAAGACAAAGGUAAUGAUAAUUUUAUAGAAGAAGGAAAAGAUAAAUCAGACGAGGAAAAUAAUAUGUUAAAUAUAUUUACUAGGUUUUCUUUAAAAAAUUAUUAUUGCUUCGAUAUUAAUAAAAAUUUGUGUUCUAUAUACGCUUUCACUCCAAUGAUAAUUAAAAAAUUUGCAGAAAAAAUAAAUUCUUAUAACAUAAUUAAAAGUGAUAAAAUUUUAAAUAAUACUGAAGAAGACAAUAUAAACUUCUCAUUAGAUUGCAAAAAUAGUGAUAAAUUUAAUUAUUAUUCCCACUACGCUCUUGACAAUAGUCAUAACUUAGAUACAUAUAUUCAAUUUCAUUGUGAUAAAUGGCAAGAAAAUAUAUAUGAUAUUGUUGAAGUUAACAGUAUUGAAUUUGAUUUUAAUUGCUUAAAAUGUAAUAUCAUGUAA